CAGCGCAAUUUGAAGUAGACUGUCCAUACAGAACAGCAGCUCGGUGUUUCUCUUUUUCGGGGUAAACAUGAUAAACAGUAUCUCUAUCCCCAUGUAUUGUCUUUUUUUUUAAAGCUCUUAAACGGAAGCAGUGGAAUUCCGAGAAUAGGCAACAUGGACGAUAUGAAAACAUGGCCAGAAGUAGAGAAAGCAGCGACCGAAAAGAGACGAGAGCUGGUUUUGCAAGGUGCAGCAGCCGACAAGAAGAUUUCCACACACGGGGGCCUUACGCCUGCCGUUUAUUCCCUCACGCUGCUGAAUUAUCUGGAAGUUAGUCAGUGUCCGAGUUUGACAGAGCUUCACGACGACAUCCAGCAUCUGAGCAACCUUCAAAGUCUCAUCCUGUGCAGAAACAAACUGGCCUGCAUACCGGAUGUCAUCGGCAGCCUCAAGUCCCUUAAAGUUCUGGACGUUUCGGUUAAUAACCUCAAGUUUUUGCCAGAAGGGGUCGCCCAGCUACAGGAGCUGACCACUUUAAAUGUUAGCUGCAACAGCCUGGAGGCUCUCCCGAACGGGUUGAGCCACUGCACCAAACUCUCCACCAUAAACGUCUCCAAGAACCGCAUCGCUGGCUUCCCCGAGGAUCUCUACUCGGAGCGCUUGGGUCUUCUUAGCACCCUGGUCGCCUCGGAUAAUGCCAUCGUUGAGCUGAGCAGAGAUAUUCACAUGAUACCUGCUCUAAAGUUGCUGGAUCUCUCCAACAACAAGCUGAGCGAGAUCCCAUCUACUCUGAGCGACUGCCCCAAGCUAAAGGAGAUCAACUUCAAGGGCAACAAGUUGAACGACAAGCGCCUGGAGAAGAUGAUGAAUGGCUGCCAGACCAAGUCCAUCCUGGACUACCUCAGAGGGAAAGGGAGGCAUGGCGAGGAGAGCGGUGACGUGGAUGGAGGGCGCAACGCUGACAAAAAGAAGAGGCAGCAGCAGAAGAAGAAGAAUAAGACAGAAGGAGAUGAUGAUGAAGUGGCAGAAGUGAACAAGAUGGUGGUGAGGAUUCUCCAUGUUUCUGACGCUCCUGCCACUCUCACGGUCAGAGUGAGUGCAGAGGUGAAGGAUGUGCGGCCUUACUUCGUGUGCUGUGUGGUCAGAGGCUUGAACCUCAAGUCUGGGAACGCUCUCAAGAGGUUUCUGAUUGCCCAGACAAAACUUCAUGAGGAAAUAUGUGGAAAGAGGACCAUUGCCACCAUUGCUACUCAUGAUGUGCAGCUUCUCAAACAUCCCCUGGUGUAUGAGGCCAAACCUCCCACACAGCUAAAGAUUGUGCCGCUAGGUCGGAAGGAGAUGACAGCCGUGGAGCUGAUAAGACAUCUUCAACUGGAGGCAGACGAGCUGAGGAAGCAAAAGAAAAGGCAGAAUGUCACUGGCCUCCACAAAUACCUGCAGCUUCUGCAAGGAAAAGCGCUGUAUCCCUGCCUAGUGGACGCAGAGGGACAUGUCAUCUCAUUCCCUCCUAUCACAAACAGUGAGAAAACCAAGAUCAAGAAGACAACCAAAGAGUUAUUCUUGGAGGUGACGAGUGCAAGCAGCCUGCAGAUCUGUAAAGAUGUAAUGAACACUCUGAUUGCAAAAAUGGCCGAGUUGAACAAGUUUACAGCCGAGCAUCAGGAGGAGGCGGGGUCCGGCGGAGAAGGGGACAUCACACCACCGGACCAGGCAGCCGGUGCAGAUGCCUCCUGUGAACUGACCGUCCAGCAGGUUCGAACGGUCGACCAGGAUGGCAACCUGAAGGUGGUCUACCCAUCUAAGACUGACCUCUCAAGCAAAGACAUCCCUAACUUAACUGUCAUUUGGUAGUCUUAACGAAAGAUGAAUAUUACAGCACUAAGAAUACAUUUGCCACAAAGUAACAAAAACAUUUGCUUUUAUUAAAGAAAAAAUUAAAUUAAAGUGUAGCUUAGUGACAUUUUUGACCCUUGUAUGUUUUUUUUCCACCACAAAUACUAAAAUCAAUAAAUCAAUUACCCUCUUCCCAA